AAAUGCAGGGCCUUAGCUCGAACAGCAUUCAGAGGCAAGAAAAGGAGCAGCAUUUUGCAGGGCAGAAUGGCCCAUUCAGCGGCACUGCUUCCUCUUCCCGCGUCAUCUUCUUCCCCUUUCUCAUCGCUGAGACAGAAGACUGCAGCAACUGCAGCCGCAGCGGGCCAGAGAGGGCCGAGUGUUUAUCUCCAUGAGAGAAGGCAACUCAUACACGGCCUGGUUGCUGCCGGGGUGGGUCUGGUUCUGGUGGCGCCGGAGGAUGCACGUGCCGCGAAGAGGCGGCCGCCUCCGCCGGUGACGGAGCCCGGAGAGGAGAAGGCUGACCCUAACGUGAGCGGUGUGCUGGCCAAAGUCCUUGCGAGCAAGAAGAGGAAGGAGGCCAUGAAAGAAGCAGUCGCCAAGCUGAGGGAGAAAGGGAAACGCAUUGACGAACCGCCUCAGUGACAGAGAUUCUUCGCAUCUUCUUCGUUUGGUGCUAAUUUUGCUCUGUUUUCCUGAUUGUAAUAAUUCCAUCAAGCAAACUGCAUUUGCAUUCUAAUCAAAUCCAAGAACCCUAAAAAAUUUCAAAACCUCCUACUUAAUAUCUGUAUUUUAACUUUCAUAAUUUUAAAAACACGUCGCAUAUUCUUAUUAUA